AUGCCGCGGUCAUUUCUCGUAAAGAAGCACGAGGAGAUUCGAUCCUACCAGAGCUACAAGCCCCGUGUAGACGAUACCGACGCCGUCAUCGUUCCCGACAGCAUAUUCGCGCUGACGCCGUACACUCCGGUGCUACUUCCGACGGCGUACACUCCGGCGCUACUUCCGCUUACAGUAAAGCUCAAUAACGGCUAUAUUCAAGACAUCGUCAGUCCGACGCUUCCGUUGGAGUCCGCCGACAAUUCACCGCAGGGAGCGGCCAGGGAUGAUGACGAGACAUCAGAAGUGGAACCGCAGCUCCAGUUGCGCAAAGAGAAGCUUGACGACAACGCUAUAGCCGCCGAAAUCAUCAAAAAGUUCCAAAAGAACAACUACCCUACCGGCGUAUCUAGUAACGUCACGAUCGGUUACACGUAUGACGCAUUUUUCGUCAGCGACGGCAGGUCACGUGGCAAGAACUUCGGCGAGAAAAACGGCGGGAAACAACGUUACACGUGCAACGAGUGUGGCAAGGACUACGCGACGUCCAGCAACCUGUCACGUCAUAAGCAGACGCACCGAAGUAUGGACAGCAAGCUCGCGAAGAGGUGCCACCACUGCGGGAAGACGUACGUCUCUAUGCCGGCGCUCUCAAUGCAUCUCCUCACACACGACCUGAAACACAAAUGCGACAUCUGUGGAAAGGCGUUCAGCCGCCCGUGGUUACUGCAGGGCCACUUCCGGUCGCACACCGGAGAGAAGCCGUACGGAUGCGCGCACUGCGGCAAGGCGUUCGCGGACCGCUCUAACCUGCGCGCGCACAUGCAGACGCACUCAGCCUACAAGAGCUACAACUGCAAGCGCUGCAACAAGUCUUUCGCGCUGAAAUCUUACCUGAACAAGCACUACGAGUCCGCGUGUAUCCGAGACGACGGCGAGUGUAUUGACGUUGACGGUGACGUUGACGUGUCUUCCACGUCAUCAACGUCGUCUACGUCUUCCGUUUGCUCAGAUGAUAGCUUCAUACACGCGCGCAAGAUCGAAUAG